UUUUUUUUUUUUGGUUUUUUUUUUGUGUGGGUUUAUUGAAAGAAUUUUCCUGCAUUUGUUGUUUUAGGACACCUGGCGUCUCUGGUGAUUGAUGAAGGGCAGGAAUUUGAUUUACUUAAUCUGAAUAUUGUUCGUAGUAUUAGAGAGAACGGGCGAAAAUACUGGGGGUCGAAGAAACAAAUCUUGGUUUAAUUGUGAUUUUGUGAUGGGGUUGGAGUCGGAUUUGAAGGAACUUUUAUCAGGUAUUCCGAAAAAAAUCAAGAAAGAGGAAGAGUUUGUUGAUCCUAAGAAGAUCGAUAUCGAUGAGAAGUUGAACAGUGAAAAUAGAUUAGGUAAUGUGAAGGCUAGUGAAGAACACACUGGCGAUGAGGACUCUGUGAGUAGGAAAAGGAAGCGCGAAUGUUAUGUGGAGAUGCUGAAUUGGAUUCGUGAUGUCGCAAAAGAUCCUUGCUGCGCUGCUAUUGGUUCGUUGCCGGAGAGGCAAAAGUGGAAACAUUAUGGGAGUGAGCUGCAGUGGAAGCAGAUACUAUUGGUUCGUGAGGCUAUGCUUUCGAACAAGAAUGUCGAUGCAAAGUCUCAACAAUCAGUUUGGCAGAAGAAGCAAAAGAUGCAUCCAAGCAUAUACGAAGACAACGAUCAAUCCAAUUCCGAAAGGCUAAGAUACAGUCAGAGGCUAAUUUCCGCAAAAGAUUCUUCUAGAAGAACACGCGAACGCUUUAAUUCUGAAUCAUCUUCCUCUGGUUUUUUGACCGACGAGGAAAACGAUUCGACAGCAGAUUCUCCCACAUACUUGAGCAACCACCGCAGCAAGAAACCAGUUCGUGUGGGCCCCAUUUUUCAAGCAGAUUUGCCACAAUUAUCUGAAAUAAACGAUUAUCAAAGUGACUCCAAAUGGCUUGGUACCAAAACAUGGCCACUCGAUAAGGCAGAACCGAAAAAAUCCUUAAUCGAAAGAGAUCCGAUUGGAAAAGGAAAACAAGAAUCGUGUGGCUGCCAAUUGUCGGGUUCUUUCGAAUGUGUGAAGUUCCAUAUUAAUGAGAAAAGGAUGAAACUGAAGCUUGAGCUUGGGUCCGCUUUUUACAGGUGGAAAUUCAACGAGAUGGGUGAUGACGUGGCGAGUUCGUGGACAAAAGAAGAGGAAAAAAAAUUCAGGGAUAUAGUUGAGUCGAACAGAUUAUCUUCGGAGAAGCGCUUUUGGGAUGAGCUUUUCAAGUUUUUUAAUCGAAAAGGCAGAGAAGCUCUUGUGAGUUACUAUUUUAAUGUCUUUCUUCUGCGAAGAAGAGGUUUUCAGAAUAGGAGCAAUACUGCUGAAAUUCAUAGUGAUGACGAGGAAUCGGAAUUUGGGCCGAUUGGUAAUAGGUUUGGUCAGAGUGCUGCAAAUUCUCCAGGGUCGAUUUUUCGUUCGCCGAAGAAAUCUCAUUGAAUAGAAGAUAGUUUUAUUUUUUCGAGACGGUGUAAAUGGGAAAAGAAAAAUUAUAUGUUUCUCUAUUUUUCUCGAUUUUUGAAGUCUCUAAUGGUGAUGCAUAGGAAGAUAUAUAGAGACAAGGUUAGUGCAAUUGACAAGCUGAUCAGACCUUUUGUGUUCUCUCUUUUUUUCUUUUGUCUGUCAGCAAUUUUAGUUUUACCGAUAAACUCAGUAUGAAAUGAAUAUCAUUGUUUCUUAUAUUUGGAAAUAUCGAAAAUGGCAUCGAGAGUAUUUCU